AUGGAUUCAAAAGUGUGUUCAUUGUUGCCUUUUGAAUUACUGGAAGAGAUACUUUGUAAGGUUCCAACUAAGUCUCUUAUACGACUCAAGUUAACGUGCAAACGGUGGCUCGCUCUGUUCAACGACAAGAGAUUCGUUUACAAGCACUUAGCUCUCCUCCAGGAACAUAUCAUACGGACCAAUUAUACUCAUAUGGUUAGGAUCAUCAACCCGGUAAAUGGAGCUAUCUCAUCUUUAUCACUUCCUCACGAGUUUGAGCUUAAAUCUGAGAUUUAUGGUAUGAUUCACUGCGAUGGACUAAUGCUGUGCAUCCUAGAAGUGGGUCCGGUUGCAUUGUGGAACCCAUGUUUGCAAAAGGUUAGAUGGAUCAAGCCCCUGCAGAGUUCUUCCCCUGGUUGUUAUAUCUAUGGCAUUGGAUACGACGGUUUGUCUCGGGAUGGCUACAAAUUCUUAAAGUUUGUGAAUGGUGUUUUUACCAGUAACGAGUACUCAAACACAGGGUUGCACAAACCAGUGGUCUACAUCUACGACUUCAAGUUGGAUUCUUGGAAAAUUAUUAAAGGUUUUUUGGAUUGGCAUGUGGUCUCACGUUGUAGAAGUGUGUCACUCGGAGGAAACAUGUAUUGGGUUGCUAAGUGGAAUCUUAAACCCGACAUGUUCAUCCAAUGUUUCAACUUCUCCACAGAGACAUUCGAGCCCUUGUGCGCUCUUCCCUUUNCCAUUAUUAAUAUUUUUUAA